AUACACCUGUUUCGCUUUUGUAAAUUUGCACCCGGCAUACCAUACCAUAAAAAUAGCCCCGACUUAAAUGAAGGGGUACCAUAAAAUCGGACACCUGUGUACAUUGGAUUAAUUAGUAAACAAAACUAAACAAGAUUUCUAAAAUUUGUGAAAUGUGAUGUCGGCUCAGGGUGUGUUUAUGUUGUGUGUAUUACCGGAAACGUUAUCCGAGACAGAUGGAAACAACAGAGGUAUUACGGAUUCCGAGAGAGAGGACCUUUCUAGAAAGAAGGCUAUUCGUGUCUAUCUCGGUCUUUCCGUUUUGCAAGUCGUCUGCGGCCUUGUGACUGUUGUCUCCUCCUCAAUUUCCGUGCAUUAUCACUCUGGAGGGGGAUUUCCAUAUUACACCGGAAGUUUUGUCAUCGGCUGCAUGCUUCUGAUAUCAAGUAUGGUAGCGUUCAGGGUGUAUAAUAAGGGACCACUAUUUACGUUAUGUGAAGUGUCACGCAAGGAGGUGCUGUGUGCGUUAAACAUGCAUCGUGGAAUAUCGUUCCUGAUGUUCUUCGCAUGUGUGAUCGGACUGGCAAUUAUCUGGAUGUACGGUCUCUGCUUGGUGAACGAUACAUCCUGCUCUUAUAGCGAACACUUUCAAAUAAACAAAACUAUCGCCAUAAUUGUGUUUGUACUAGGUUGUGUAGGCCUUAUCACGUCUGCCAUUGGAAUCGCGCUGAUUCGGAAAUAUGGGGAAGCUUUCGGUUUACAGAUCAUGACUAGACGUGAUAGACACCUACGUUAUAUGGGCUAUCCUGGUGACGUCAGACGUGAAACCAUACAAAGCAUUGACAUGCAGCGUCAAAUAAAUAAUCAAAAUAAUUAUCCGUAUAUGCAUUCUGGCUGCGCUGGAUUUACAAAUUAUGGGUUCGAGCCCCCAACACCACCACCAUACACCCCGAGUGCCGUACAAUUAACCGUUGAUGGAAGAGAAGUGCAAAGCGGUCAAAUUCUACAAAGUACAAGCCCGUGCAUAAAUCCAGAAAAUCCACCUAAGUAUUCAGACCUAGAACCUAACGUUAUUCCUUCCGAACCACCUCCGGCUUAUAAAGAGACCGAGGACAGUAAAAUGGAUUCUAACACCACUGAUUGACAUUCCCUUUGGUACAAGCUGAAUACAAUUGCUCAGCAUAUCCAUAUUAUUACUAUGAACACAUUAGUCCUUCUUUGCUAGAGAAAAAAUAUUCCUUGCAUUGGUAUGGUAUGAAAUGAGUUGAAAAAUGUUUGCUAUUAUAUAACUAGGAUAUAUGGUCAGUCUCGUCAUAUAUUUUAAAGAUAAAUUGUUGAAAAGAUUAUAUUGAAAUCAUCAAAAUAUAACUACACUAUAUUUUUUAUUUUUGUGUUACCAAGGCAACAUGUUGUAAAGGCUUGGUAGCCUAUAUUCAUUUAAUAUGACGGACGAAGUUUCUCUCAGUCUGCAUAUUAUAAAACAACCAGAAAUGUGGAUUAUAAGUAUGAUAUAUUUGAUGUCGGUGAUUAAUUAAUGUCCUCUAAUUGUGUAAAGUGUUAAUCAACAAAGGUUACACAAUGACGGUUGACACAACGUCAAAUGAAAUCAGGAUCCAUGCUGUUCGCUAUCAGUUUCUCUAUUGUAAGCGAACAGCAUGGAUCCUGAUCAGACUGCGCGGAUGCGCAGGCUGGUCUGGAUCCAUGCUGGUCGCAAACCCAUUAUGUUGGUUUUGUCGUGACGCGGCUCAUUUAUUAGUUCGUUUUAAACGUUAAUACAACUUGAAUACUGUACAUUUUCUUGUUUAAGAAAUGCAAAUACGAAAAGAAUGCAUCUUUGCUUGCAACUUUUUUGUCGGCGGUCACUGAUUUAUACCGGCAUACAUUAUUAUUUUCAAACUCCGCUACGGCCAGUAUUAACCUUUAAGAGGAGAACACUGCGCGGGAGGUUGGGAUAUUGUAUAUACAUGUAUAUUUAAUACAUGACGUGUUUGUCAUUGUUGUAACGUUGACGUCAUACAUCAGUAUAAUGUAAAUAUUGUUUAUAAUCCAGAAAAUUUGUCUUUCAAUGUACCAGUGUGUUAUUUGGUCAUAUUUAUUAAUAAAUUGUAACUAUUGUGCUAGAUUAAAUAUAUGUUAUUUUUUUAAA